AUGGCCGUGAACAAUGUCACAGCAGUGUUUCAGUUUCUCCUUAUCGGCAUCUCUAACUAUCCUCAAUGGAAAGGCACGUUUUUCACGUUGGUGCUGAUAAUUUACCUCAGCACAUUGUUGGGGAAUGGGCUUAUGAUCUUUCUUAUUCACUUUGACCCCAACCUCCACACUCCAAUGUACUUCUUCCUUAGUAACCUGUCUUUCUUAGACCUUUGCUAUGGAACAGCUUCCAUGCCCCAGGCUUUGGUGCAUUGUUUCUCUACCCAUCCCUACCUCUCUUAUCCCAGAUGUUUUGCUCAAAUGAGUGUGUCCUUGGCCUUGGCCACAGCAGAGUGCCUCCUACUGGCUGUCAUGGCCUAUGACCGUAUGGUUGCUAUCAGCAAUCCCCUGCAUUAUUCAAUGGUUAUGAAUGGCCCAGUGUGUGUCUGCUUGGCUGCUACCUCAUGGGGGACAUCACUUGUGCUCACUGCCAUGCUCAUCCUCUCCCUGAGGCUUCACUUCUGUGGGGCUAAUGUCAUCAACCAUUUUGUCUGUGAGAUUCUCUCCCUUAUUAAGCUGGCCUGUUCUGAUACCAGCUUCAAUGAACUUAUGAUCCUCAUCACCGGUAUCUUCACCCUGCUGCUGCCAUUUGGGUUUGUUCUCCUCUCCUACAUACAAAUUGCUAUGACUGUCAUAAGGAUUCGCUCAAUCCAGGGCAGACUCAAGGCCUUUACCACGUGUGGCUCUCACUUGACUGUGGUGACAAUCUUCUAUGGGGCAGCCAUCUCCAUGUAUAUGAAACCUCAGUCCAAGUCCUCCCCUGACCGGGACAAGUUUAUCUCAGUGUUUUAUGGAGCUUUGACACCCAUGCUGAACCCCCUGAUAUAUAGUCUAAGAAACAAAGAUGUUAAAGGGGCAAUAAGGAAAGUUAUGGUGACAAGGACAUGA